AUGAAGCUGAGUCAAGACAUCGGCUACGUGCUGUACUCGGCGCUCGGAUCGUUCUACAUUCCCAGCUGCAUCAUGGUGUUCGUCUACAUUAGGAUCUACUACGCGGCGAAAGCACGAGCCCGGCGGGGGAUCCGGAAAAAGCCGCUCAAACCGCCCAGUGAACAGGACACCAGCUUUACGCGUCCAGCCAAUCCGAUGCCAUCGCUUCCCAGUGCCUCGUCGGUGUCAGCUGGUGCAGUGGCACCGGCAUCAACCAACGGCAACAGCCAGUACGCGGCGGCCAAUAGCAACAACAAUAACAAUCAUAGUAGCGGUCCCAGUCAGCAGCACCAGCAGCAGAUUGCGACGAUAGAGCCCCCACCGAGGGGGCUAGUCGGCGGUAGUAGUGGUCAAGCGCAGAUGGCCAUUCCGACGGUAACGUGUGACUUUGCGUCGGACAUGUCCACCAGCGAGGCGGCAGAUCACGACCACGCUGCGGCCGUGUUGGAGAUGAAAGAUACGCUUCAAGUGGGUAAACCGGGGAUAGGUCUCACGUCACUGCCAUUGCUGAGAGGGAACAACGGGGCAGCUGCGGGCCGCGGGGGUAGCAGUAGUUCCGGGGUGGUGGUUAGUCCAGGGUUAGCUAGGAAUAGAGCACUUUCGGUAGGAAUAGAAACGGACAUGGUGAGUGAAUUUGAUCCUUCGAGUUCAGAUUCGGGUGUAAUUAGUAGAUGCGCGGUAGUGAAACCGCUCAAGUUUAGGCUGUGUCAACCAAUUUUCGGCAAGAAGGUAGGAAAGGGUCGUAAUAAGAAUAAUAAUGCGAGAGGCAAUUGUGCGGGGGUGGGACCAACGGCGAUGGGAGGGCAAGCCAUAUCGAUUUCGGCCAAGCAGAAUGAUAGUGCUUGCAGUGAAAUGGAACCAGCACUGCCAAAGCCAAAACCCAGGGAUCCGGAGAAGGAGAAACGACGGAUAGCGAGGAAGAAGGAAAAGCGAGCCACGCUGAUCCUGGGAUUGAUUAUGGGAAGUUUUAUUGCUUGCUGGUUGCCAUUCUUCUUCCUUUACAUACUGGUGCCAAUUUGUAAAGACUGCCGCAUACCGGACUUUGCAUUCUCGUUGGCCUUCUGGCUGGGUUACAUGAACUCGGCAUUGAACCCGGCCAUUUACACCAUCUUUAACAAGGACUUCCGGAGAGCCUUUCGCCGGAUACUGUUCAAGUGAUGUUUGGCGUACGUGUGCUGCUACCGCUGCGUUUCCCGGAGCAUCGAAAAAGCGACGGAACGUGCGGUCAGCGGUGCACAGCUGGGUGGCGGUUACCGAGGAGGCUAUAUGCGAUAACCCCCUUAGAAGGCGUGCUCCCUUCGGAAACCCACCACCAUCACCACCGAAGCGCUUUUGUGUAUGGCGUUUCUCCCAAUGCCACCCCGUUCUGCACUGACACUCGGGGUGGCACCGUCGAGACCAGCUAAAUACAUUCAAACACCAAUAACUGGCCGGGAAGAAGAAACAGAAGAAGAAGAAGAAGGCACUCGUCAGACUCCGGAAUUUAUUUUUUUCAUUUCGGAGUGGUUUCCUUACUUUAAGAACUCGAAUCCCACCCAGAAGGAAAGGACAAGAAAGAGAAUAUUUCUUUCUUCUAUUUGGUUAUCUUUUUGUAUAGGAAGACUAGUUAGCUGGAAGAUGAAACAAACUCGCAAAUUUUAUACGAACCACACCACUGCUGGUGUACUUUCCAGUAUUGAUGUGAAAGCAUGAAGAGCCUUCCCACCUACCGUCGAUUGCGUCAGCGCCCUUACAUUAGACCGGUUUGGAGUGUAGGGGGUGAACUGGUUGGAAAAGCGGCCAAUAGUUUAUUUUAGAAGGAAUGAAAUGUUUCAGAAUUGUUUUGAUAUUUUCUCUAUUUAGUUUUCUCAUUUGAAGUUUGUUAGGUGUCAUAAAAGUGCAGUACUUAAAAAGCGACUAUCAUCAGCCAUCAGAAUAUACCAUGAAUGAUCCGAUUGAACAGCACCUGCCCGCCAGUGGUUCUACGAUAAACGGAAAUUCUUUUGCCAAUGAAUUCACUCACGAUCCAAUCAGUCUCAAUCGCUAUGGACAUUAAACAUCCUAAUGUUUUUCAAAAAUUAAAAAAAAAUAGUCAGCUCGUGGAGGUCUGCUCCGGAGUCAACGAUUUUCGGUAUUCCCUGCUAAAAUUUGAACCUCUUCGUUGCUGGUCCGACAACUUAAUUCAUACUGUUUUUCAAAGCAUUCAGAUUCAGAUUCAAUCCAUACUACAAAAUUACCAAAGCUCAGAAAAAUCUUAUCAAUUUGUAAUGCAAUCUUGGUGUUCUAAGAUAGGUUCAGUGAAUUGGUCAAUUUUGAAAGUUUUGACCUGGGGGAUUAACAUGCGGCCAUCCUUUUCAACAGCUCCGACCACUUUUGAAUAAAUCAUGGUUUUCUAGGAUUGGUUAUACUUGAAUGUCUGCUCCGAUUGCUUAGAAAGAAAAACCUGUGGCCAUCCGAAGUCCUGAUCUUAGUCGCACUUCAGUGUUAUGAGGAAUGCAUGGGUUUUGAACUAUUGCGCAAAACAUUGCAGAAAUUUGCCGAAAAUCAUUGGGAAACUUCUAUACAUCAAUGACAGAAGUUUUAAACGAAAUAGACAGGUUUAUCCAUAUUCAUCAAGAAAUUUAAUGUCUUUAAAAUUAAGUUAAUAAUUCCCUAGUUUAUUGAACUAAUAAAACUGGCUUGUCCUGCUACCUAAGUUUAGCAAGCAAAGAUGGCAAUUCAGUACUUGAGAAACUAAGACUACGAACAAUGCUCAAGGUGUCGGGUUAUGAAAAACUUCCGAGAUCCCGGAUUUGGAAAGGAUUGGCGACUGGGCAAUUCUUAACAAAAACAAUCCUCUUUGGUAGGGUAGAGAACUACUUUGGCCUAAGCGCCCAUUUUGGGCCUAUCAUGCAGAAAACAUCAAAUAAAUCCAUGAUUUCGGCUUUAACAGGUAAAUUAUGCAUUUGGUACGAUACUUUAGCUCAAAUGCUACCGAACGAAGUCAAUAAGAACGCGUAAUAUGAAUGUUUGCACCCAAUAUUCUCAAAUUGUCAAAUGACUCGCUCCGACCGAAUCAAU